AUGUUAGGGUUCAAUUCUGUCAUACACCCAUCUUUAUCAAUUUCAUCCCCAAACCCAUCGAUUUCCAGGUCCCUUACAAUCAUUCGCACCCUAAACUUGCCAUCUUUACCCUUCAAAUCUCGAUUGCAACAGAACCCUAGAAAAUUAUCGACCCAUGCAGAGAAUGGUAAGGGCAAUAAUAGUAAUGGGGGUGUGAACACAGAUACGGAGGAAAGAGAAAAAAGAGAGAAUGGGUUCAACGUUAAUAACGGUGGCAGAGAAGAAGAUGUGAAGAAGGAAGAGGGAAAUGGAGGGCCCAGAUUCAAUCUAAAGUGGGUCAAUCUGUUGUUGGACCCAGACCCAGAUAACAUCCUAGCCGUUGGAUUGACGGGUGUUCUUGCUUGGGCAAGUUUGCAAGUGUUGGGGCAGCUCUUCUUCAUAUCAUUGGCUAUUUUGCUUGCUGCUCUCAAGAGAAUCUGUGAUUUGUACUGUGUGAUGCUGCAAUCCAACAACAUUCUGAAGCAGAAACAUGCACCAGAUGUUCGAAAAUGGAAAAAGUAA